AAACUUUGGGAGCGUUGAAUUGAAUAGAGUGGGUGACAUCUGGAAAACGAAGACACUUUUCCAUUUUAAAAUGGCUGUAGAUGACUAUGAGGAACUUCUCAAAUACUAUGAAAUUCAUGAAACUAUUGGGACAGGUGGCUUUGCAAAAGUUAAAUUGGCUCGUCACUUACUUACUGGUGAACAAGUUGCAAUAAAAAUAAUGGACAAGCUGACUUUGGGGGAUGACUUACCUCGUAUAAAAACUGAAAUUGAAGCAAUGAAGAGCUUAAGCCACCAGAAUAUCUGCCGUCUGUACCAUGUAAUUGAGACACCAAAGAAGAUCUUUAUGGUUUUAGAGUACUGCCCUGGAGGAGAGCUCUUUGAUUACAUAAUUGCAAAGGACCGUUUAGCUGAAGAUGAAGCCCGCAUCUUCUUUCGUCAGAUUGUAGCUGCAAUUGCCUACGUACACAGCCAGGGAUUUGCUCACAGGGACCUCAAACCAGAAAACUUGUUGAUUGAUGCUGAGCAUAAUUUGAAGUUGAUAGACUUUGGUCUUUGUGCAAAACCAAGGGGGGGUCUGGAUUACCAGCUGAACACAUGCUGUGGAAGCCCUGCCUAUGCAGCACCAGAGUUAAUUCAGGGCAAAGCUUAUAUUGGAUCAGAGGCAGAUAUCUGGAGCAUGGGUGUCCUUCUGUAUGCUCUCCUUUGUGGAUUUCUACCAUUCGACGAUGAUAAUAUGAUGGCACUGUAUAGGAAAAUUGUGAGGGGAAAAUAUGAUGUCCCCAAAUGGCUUUCACCUGGCAGUACCCUGCUUCUGCAACAGAUGUUGCAGGUGGACCCAAAGAAACGGAUUAUGGUGAAGCAUCUUUUAAAACAUCCUUGGCUCAUGCAGGGCUAUUCCUUUGCUGUCCUGUGGCAAAGUAAAUAUCCGCUUGGGUGCCUUGAUGAAGAUUGCAUAACAGAACUUUCUGUCUUUCAUAAAUGUAGCAGACAAAAAAUGGCAGAUAUAAUUUCAGAGUGGAAAUAUGAUAAUGUAUCUGCAACAUACCUUUUGCUUCAAUACAAGAAGACUCAUGGUAAACCUGUUCGCCUGAGGAUUCCUUCUCUGGUAGGAGAAUGUAUGAGCAACACACCAUCCAGAGAAGGAAAAAUAAAAAAAGCCCUGAGUUAUGAAGAUGGUCCAGAUAAUAAAGAACUUCCCUACGUAUUUGGCUCCAUGGAAUUUCUAACAUCUUUUGAUGAAGGUCAGCUUAUGCUAGGAAAUACACCCAGACCUAAGCAGAGAAAAAUCCAGCCGCCCAACCAGUGCCAGUAAAUACUCCUAUUAAAGCAGAUGAGCUGACAGCCAGCGUCAUUAGCCCUGAGAGAAGGUGCCAUUCAGUGGAGCUGGACUUAAAUCAGAUGCACCUGGAAAGUGGCCAAAAAAGAAAAGGAGCCAAAAUGUUUGGGAGCCUUGAAAGGGGCUUGGAUAAAAUGAUCACAAUGCUUACCCCUAGUAAAAGGAAAGGUUCAGCUAAAGAAGGCCCAAGGAAGUUAAAGGCUCACUACAAUGUGACAUUGACUAACUUAAUAAAUCCAGAUGAGUUGCUACAGGAAAUAAUUGCUGUCCUUCCAAAAAAACAAGUUGAAUAUGUACAGAAAGGUUAUAAACUGAAGUGUCAGACCCAGUCAGACUAUGGCAAAGUGACAAUGCAGUUUGAAUUGGAGAUUUGCCAGCUAAGCAAACCUGAAGUCAUGGGCAUUAGAAGGCAACGGCUGAAGGGUGAUGCCUGGGUCUACAAAAGACUAGUGGAAGACAUCCUGUCGAGCUGCAAGUUAUAGAUCUCCUAGUCUAU